CGGGGCUUCUGCUCCCGUCCAGAGAAAGUGCCACGACUCCGCAGCCCGACUCUCCUGAGACUUCCUGCUCCCCGCUCUGACUCGUCAUGGACGUCUCCGACCCGCAGACUCUCGGCUUCAUGGUCUUCGGAGGCUUCAUGUUCAUCUCGGCGGUCGGCAUCGCGCUGGUGUCGACGCUCUCCAUGAAGGAGACGUCGUACGAGGAUGCGCUCGCCAAGCAGCGCCGCAAACAACAGCCGCCCACCAGAGCAGAGAAGAAGAAGAAGGACAAGAACCAGGAGAAGAAGAACAAGGCCAAGAGGAAGGAGGAGAAGCUGGAGGAGGAACCGGGGAGCGACGCCGGCGAGGAG